AUGGUACUCUUCACAUUAAUCGCUCGUGUAUCGGAUGGAUUGCUUCUUGCAACUUCUAUAGAAGGAAAUGACGAGCCAGAUCACAAUAUGGUAAAAUAUACCAAUCAAGCAAAGAUGCUUUUCCGGAGGUUACAUGCAGGUAGUCCGAAAAUACAUACUGUUGAAAGUGGCCCCUAUUAUUUCCAUUACGUGAUUAAGGAAUCAGUUUGCUCACUAUGCCUUUGUGAUAAAAAUUUUCCAAGGAAAUCAGCGUUUGCUUAUUUGGGAGAUAUAACCAAUGAAUUCUUAGCUCAGCAUGGGACACGUAUAGAAUCUGUCAUCAGGCCAUAUCAUUUUAUCGAAUUUGAUCAAUAUAUACAGCAAGCAAAAAGAAAAUACGCUGAUAGAAGCCGUCAAGCUAUUUCUGCUGUAAGCAGUGAAUUACAAGAUGUCACUCGCAUAAUGGUUUCAAAUAUAGAGGAUGUAAUUCAUCGUGGGGAAGCAUUAAAUAUUUUGGAGACAAGAGCGAGUGACUUGUCAGAUAUAAGUAAAAAAUACCGUGAAGAUGCAAGACUACUAAAUAAAAAAAGCGCUGUAUUCAAAGUGAUUUUAAUCACUUGUUUGUUAGGUUUCUUUGGUUUUGUUAUCCGAUAUUUAAUCUGGUAA